AUGGUGUUGGUGCAAAGCUACUGUGAACCUGGAUUUCCCAUCUCCCAGACGUGGGUGGAUGAAGGAAUCUCCCCCUGCUUCUACUUCACUCUGGUUCCUGCUGUCCUGCUCACCAUCGCCUUCUUCUUGGGAACCAUCCACUGCCUCUUCUACCAAAAAUAUGGCACAGCCAUGGAGCCCAAGUACAUCCCCCGCUCCUGUCUUUACGUACUCCAACUGGGCAUUUCCAGCCUCCUCUUGAUCCAGUUUGUCGGCGGGAUGGUGUGGCAAGCCACCCUUGGAGAGCAUCUCCCGGGCUAUGUGGUUCUCUACGGCUGCUUCUCGGUACUGGCCUGGGUUUGGGGGCUGGCCAUGCUCAGGGUGGAGAGGCGAAGGGCUCUGCUCAGGGAUCCAACGGCGGGCCACAGCGCAGCACUACUGUUGUUCUGGGCGACGGCCUUUGCGGCGGAGAACCUGGCCAUCGUCUCCUGGUUCAGUCCGCACUGGUGGUGGGGCCUGGAGAAAAAUCACCAACAGGUGCAGUUUGCUUUAUGGCUGAUUCGCUACGUGGGUACAGGGCUCCUCUUCUUUGUGGGUCUCAAGGCCCCGGGCUUGCCCAAGAAACCCUACAUGCUGCUUAUAAAUGAGGACGAGCGAGACAUAGAGCAAAGCGCACAGAGUCUCUUGGGCCAACCCGAUCCGAACCAGUCGACUUGGCGAGGUUUCACCAAGAAGGUGAAGCUUCUGCUCCCUUACAUGUGGCCCCGGGGGAGCGCCUGGCUCCAGCUGCUCGUCCUCUUCUGUUUGGGAUUGCUGGGAGUAGAACGGGCCAUCAACGUCUUUGUUCCCAUUUACUACAAAAAUAUUGUUAAUGAACUGACUGAUGGCAGCAGCUGGAAGAAGGUGACCACCACUGUGUGCAUUUAUGUGCUGUUAAAGUUCAUGCAGGGAGGCGGGGCAGGUGCCUCUGGGUUUGUCAGCAACCUGCGUUCUUUCCUGUGGAUCCGAGUGCAGCAGUUCACCAACCGGGUGGUGCAAGUGCGCCUCUUCGCCCACCUGCAUUCCCUUUCGCUGCGCUGGCACCUGGGCCGUAAAACCGGCGACGUGCUGAGAAGCAUCGACCGCGGCACCUCCUCCAUCAACAGCUUGCUCAGUUACAUCGUGUUCAGCAUCGUCCCAACAAUUUCCGACAUUGUCAUAUCCAUCAUUUACUUUAUCACCUACUUCAACGCGUGGUUCGGCCUCAUCGUUUUUGUGUGCAUGACCCUCUACCUCACCUUGACCAUCAUCAUCACAGAAUGGAGGACCAAGUACAGACGCGACAUGAACCAGCAGGAUAAUCUGGCCAAGACUAAGGCCGUGGACUCCUUGCUCAACUUUGAGACGGUCAAAUACUAUAAUGCGGAAAACUACGAAGUCGGCCGCUUUGAGGACGCCAUCUUGAAAUAUCAGUCAUCAGAGUGGAAGACACAGGCAUCCUUGGCACUCCUCAACCAAACCCAAAACCUGAUUAUUGGAGCAGGUCUGCUGGCCGGUUCCCUACUCUGUGCCUACUUUGUGACGGAAAGAACAUUCAAGGUUGGUGAUUUUGUUCUGUUUGGAACGUAUAUCAUCCAACUAUAUACUCCUCUCAACUGGUUCGGUACUUACUACAGAAUGAUUCAAAAUUCCUUCAUUGAUAUGGAAAGCAUGAUCAAGCUUUUUGAGGAGGACAUGGAGGUGAAAGAUGUGGUAAACGCAGUGAAUUUUCACUACAAACUAGGAAAAGUUGAGUUUGAGAAUGUUUUCUUCAGCUACACAAAUGGCAAGGAGGUUCUUAAGGAUGUCUCCUUUACAGUUCUACCGGGACAGACUGUGGCCCUAGUGGGACCAUCAGGCUCCGGGAAGAGCACCAUAAUCCGACUCCUAUUUCGCUUCUACGACGUUCAAGGUGGUUGCAUUCGCAUUGAUGGUCAGGACAUUUCCAAAGUGACCCAAACGUCGUUACGGGCGCACAUCGGUGUGGUCCCGCAGGACACGGUGCUUUUCAACGACACCAUCCUGGAGAACAUCCGCUAUGGUCGCGUCUCGGCUAGCGACCAGGAGGUGGAGGAGGCUGCCAUAGCUGGUGAUAUCCAUGACAGGAUCAUGGCAUUUCCCGAAGGUUACGAUACUCAAGUGGGCGAAAGAGGCCUCAAGCUGAGUGGAGGAGAGAAGCAGAGGGUGGCGAUAGCUCGGACCAUUCUCAAAGCACCUCAAAUGAUUCUGCUGGAUGAGGCGACAUCAGCACUCGAUACCCAAACAGAACGCAACAUCCAGGCCUCGCUAGCUAAAGUCUGUGCUAAUCGAACAACAGUCGUCGUAGCUCACAGGUUGUCCACAAUCAUCGGAGCCGACCAGAUUCUCGUCAUCAACGAGGGUCGGAUCGCCGAGCAAGGACGACACGAGGAGCUACUGCAAAAGUGCGGACUUUACGCGGACAUGUGGACAAAGCAACAGCAAGCUCAGGACUCUGAUUCCUCGUCAGAUACGGAGAGCAAAGACUGCAAAUCAGAGAAACUGCAACCUUCUUCCGCGCCGUCAGGCCACCAUGGCCAUUGA